AUGCAGAAGAAGAACGCGGCCGUGCGCACCUUUUGUAGAGGUCUUUUAUUUUUGGAUCAUUGCCGUUGGGUGUACCACCACUCUUCAACACCGUCAAGAGCACCAUCGCACACAAGCAACAAAGGGCUGUUAUCCUCUCAGCUGCAUUCCUUCUCCUCAGUCACCGAUUCUUUUCUUCCAGUAACGGGGAAACCACUGCCCCACGAUGUAUCAGAAUUCUUUAUGGAACCCAUUGGAACUUCUCAGCUCCGUCCUGUGGAAUUUUGUUGUUGCAAAGAGAACGACGGGCUUGGAGUGUCAGAGGAUGGACUAAACAAACUGUUGAAUGCCUGCAUUGAUACCCCCUCGACAGCUUCAUUCGAACAUCUUAUUGCUUCUACUACGGAAAUUUACACGAAAUAUCCCUCUCGUCAUUGGUUUUUGCACAGCCGAGCAUUAGCAAACUACGGGGUUCAGUGCCUUGUUGAUCAAAAGGCAAGUCAGGCAAUUGGACUGAUUCGGCAGGCUGCCUCAAUUAUCACAUCUUUUGAGGGAGAAACAGCCGUGCUACAUCUUCGUGUGGUUCUUGCAAAUGCCUUGGCGUGUGAGGGAAAAUGUUUUGAGGCGUUGUGUGAGUAUGAGCAAGCACUUGGGGUGAUGCGGAAUUACCCGCUGGAGUCAUCUUUAACUCAGGUUGUUUCGGGAAAGGAGUCUUGCAUUUUUCUUAGUCGCAGUUAUGUUUUAGAAGACUUCGACCGUUUCUUGGCCAACGAAGAGAUGGUGCAGAGUGCGCUGAACCAGGGUAAACAAGAGUUGGAGUCCUGUUCGAACAAGGCUGAGAAGGUGCGCAUCACUUGGAUAUUGGCCCGCCUAAAUCGUCGAAUUGGAGAAAAAGAUGCGAGUCUGCUUCUUUAUACAUCCUCUUUACGCACUCUACUCGAUACGCCAGAUGUUGAAAUGGAAAUAAGGGUGAUGCAUGAUAUUGGCCUCCUGUUAUGCUUUGAGACGUUUGAUGUCGCGCAAGGGUUACCCUAUCUUCAAGCAGCGGCAGAGAUGUCCUUUGAUACCGCACUGGGGAAAUUAGAAGAGUUGAGACAGCAAAACUCGACAACAGGCCGGAAGAAUUACUCACAACAUGAAAUGCUUCCUGUGCGUCGCGCCAUCUUUACAUUGCUUGACGCAGCGGUGUGUCUCGCAGAAAAUGAGGACUUGGGAAAGGCGUUGGGUUUAUUCGAAGAGAGUAUCGCCUUGAUGAAUGAAUGUGGAAUGCAUAAGCACUCGGCCUGGGCACGCAUGAAAUACGCGGAUGCCCUUACCCAAGCUUCACUCAUCGACAAAGCUAUCCGUGUUUAUCUUGAGACCAUGGACAUAAUUCAAUCCAUGGAACACGAGGAUGAAAACCUUCAGGUGGCAUGUAUGGGCAUGAUAGUUCCAGUAACAGUGGCAGAGGUAGAGGGACGUCUUGCGCAUUGCUUUCAGAUGCAUGUGGGUGAGUAUCGGCGUGCCUGCAUACACUUUUGUUUGGCGAUUCGUCGUUGUGGGGUGCACGUACGCUCUCCAUUUAGAGCUUUUGAAGAAAAGCAUGCAGUUUCUUUGGAAGAGGUGGAUUCAGAGACACUUUGCUGGAUGCUGGAAAACUAUGCUAGCUGUUGUGAACGUGUUGGACGCAAAGAUAUUGCGGAGGAGGUUUUAGAACGUCGAGUGAGCGUGGAAAAAGCUCUUGGAGGAUCUUGUGCCUCGGCAUUACUGCGCCUUGCGCAGCUGCACGGGGCGGAAAAUGCGGCCAAGGCUGUAGAACUUUAUAUUCAACUUCUUACUUUACCAGAGGAUGGGAUUGAACCGGAUGUCUUGUUACAAUCCGCAUACGGAUUUGCCAGCGUUUGUUAUGGGUCCAAGGACGAGGAACUGGAGGUGGCACUUGCCAAGGUGACCGCAAUGUCUUGUGGAGAAAAGAAAAUAAACUCUGUCGGUGAUGUAUCUUGCGAUGGACCUGUCUCUCAAAAUCCUAAUGGCAUUGUUAUUUCAUCCUUUAAACGGUCCGCUAAAGUUAUUAUGGCUUCUCAUGCUGUGGAAAGGACGAGAUCCAAUGGCAGCAGCGAGGAUGAAUUGAAGGCUCUCAUGACACUUAGUCGAGGUGGAUUUUUUUGUCAACGACGUGGGGACGAGGCAGGGGCGGAGGAACUCUACAGUCUUGCCGUUGAAUACACACUAAUGGCAAACGUUCAUAAUGAGGAAUACGCCCGUGAACUUGCCAUUAUGCUAGCAAAUUACGCUACGGUCAUGGCCCACAAAGACAUGCAAAAGGCCCAGGAACUCUACAAUCGAGCUGUUGAAAUUUGUCCGACAGAGGAAAAUGUCUCAGCCGCUGCCGCUUCCUUCUUUGUGUUGACAGCAAACUACGCUGCUGGUCGGGCAUGUAUUCAGCGAAUGAUUGAUGCAGUCACAGAUCGAGUGGUCAUUUCUCGGUUAUAUGGCAAAAUAGCCUGGCUUGGUGUGGUUUGUUGGGAUGAGCUGGCGCUAAGUGUGCGCCAGGAGUGUCUCCAACAUUUGCUUUUUGCCUUGGGUUUGGAGCCAAACAAUUUUUUUUUGACUCUCACGGAUUGCCAUGUGACUCCAUUAGGAGGUUCCGUGAGUGUGGAAUUUAAGCAAGACCUUCUUAGUGGUAUAUCUUCAUCACCCGAUCCAGAUACAGUGAGCCUUGCUUGUUACGUAGCACAGACCAAAUUGCCUCAUGACGCAAAGUUCAUCAACACCUGCUACAAGACGGCUGUAAUGCGCUUUUCGUACAGCACAACUUUGCUUGUGAAUUAUGCCAAGUUCUGUGCCGAUUAUGGUGCAGGCACGCUUGCCCGAAAGUAUUAUGCAGCGGCAUUCUGUUACUGUCACAAGGAUCCUCGCAGUAACGAGUGUUAUGCAGAUUAUCUUGCCUUUUUGAACAGAGGGGAGCAACAGCAUGUGCCACUGCAACAAGAGCAAAUUGUUGCCGGUGAGAGUCUUGCGCGGUACCAAGUGGAGCGAAGUACUUGUGAUAUGAGCAGACAUGUUCGCGGACAGACUCUUACUCUUUAUGGGAAAUACCUUGCGACUUUUAUGCCAUCGCCAAGCGUUCCUGCUUUACUUUUUGAAGAAGCUUUAAGACGAAAUGCAGCAGAUUCCCGCGCCACUGCCCUUUACGGUUCUUUCUUGUGGAAUGUUUGUGUUCGUGCACUCGACGCGAACUGCACUUCUGACGUGAAGGAAAAGAUUGCGGUGAAGGUGGAGACCUUGUAUCGGGAGGGAUUAAGGCACCAACCCCAGAAUGUCCUUCUGUUAACUUCCCUGGGUGCUUUUUAUGUAAGUAUGGGAAAUCGAUUUGACGAUGCUGUAUGUGUUCUAGAUCAGGCGCGCAAGCUAAGCCCGCAUAAUGUGGUGGUGAAUCGGCUUUUGUGCGCCGCGUUUCAUGAGGAGUGGAUGGAGGAAGAAAAGAGAAUGACCGCAAAAUCGAAUGCACGUUUGCAAAGCUUGCUGGAGACCACGCGUCAACUGUAUGAAGUAGCCGUCCAGCUGGAUCCGUCUGACCGGCUGACUUUGACACGGUAUUGCCAAUUUGCUCUUCACGGGCUUCAGAACGCAGCUCUCGCGGCUGAACUAAUGCAGCGAUUGCGAGGGCUUCCAAAAGCAUAG